AUGACUGUAAUAGAUGCCUUUUGUAAGUGUCUUGUGGCUUCCAUAAUAUUAGCUUACUAUAAUGUCAUUUAUUGUGCAGUUGCUAAUAAAAUCACACUCAAAAUAUCAUCCAUUAACCAUACCAUCACCUCUACACUUGUUCAUCAAGGUGUUCUGCCUUGCUAUCCAAUAUCACCAGUGGUAGGCAUGACUGGCACAGAAGCCCUGGAAUUAUAUUGUGUGGCACAUCUCAGGGGCCCUCAUCUAUCCAUUCAGGCAUUCAUGAAAACUAUGAGUAAUUUACAUAGGGUAUGUUUUCUUACUCAUUCACUACCAUCACAACCAAAUCACUCUGACAGGACUCACCUGACUGGUGCCUUAAACAUGCUUGUCCUGUAUGUACUUAUACAUGUACUGACCAAUGAAGUACAGUUGACUUUCAGGAUGCUCUAUGCCAUGGAUGGCAAUGACUCAUUGAAAAGAGUUCUCCAACAAUCUUUGGAUGGUGACAACUCUCUCAGUGUAUCACCUGAACUUCCGACUGACCAGCUACUCACUAGUAACCAUCAUCUGUCACAUAACUUUGUGGACCAGUUUAUGCAAGACUCAGUGUUUGCUACAGGUGACAAGGUGAAUAACCUAGAGUCAUGUAAAGGACAGUGGAAAAAUGUGGAUGAUGUGAAGACAAGAAAAGCUUGGGGGAUAUAUGACAAAACCAGAGUCUUCAUAGCUGUCUGCUGCCAUGGUGUUUGUUUGCUUAUCACAGACAUGGUUGCAAAAUACCCCUUGGCUGAUGUUACCAAGUUCCUGAAUGUGUUUAGUAAUAAUUUGGGUGGUGGCUCCCUUAGACCUCUCAUGCACUUGCUACAUCACACUUGUCUUGUUGGCGCAUUCUAUGGACAUGCCCACAGGUGCUUGAUACAUCAAAGGUCUCAAAAUCAAGGACUGGGAGACAUGUGA